UGCACGCAUAUUGUGUGCCGGAAUACGGACUCCGUCAUUUCUUUGUUAAACAAAUUACGCAUUUCUGGUGUACUACAGAAUUUCUAGGUUUUCAUGUUAAAUCCUUCACGUUAAUUCACGAUGCUCGCACGUUUUCACAUGGGGACAGAACGGAUCUGCCAGUUAGUGCAACCAACCCAACUUCGAAGCGUCGGAGACGCUAUCCAGCCAUUGCAUGCCCCACCCUGUGUGGAAUGUUAUUUCUACCUCUGUAUCUUUUUAUUCAACUGACGGUGUGCCUCUAGACCUUUUGUAAAAUCAUCUCCGAACUUCUGUUUUACUUUCCGACAAAAAUUUGAAAUUUAGCUUGCAUGAAUUUGGCUUGGAUAUGAACAUUACGCAAGUACGAUCCGUGACUGACCUAAAUUACACAUGAUUGUGUUGCAUUCCUUCGGAAACAGGCAGAAUCUCUCAAUUUACCUAUUAAAGUGUAUCAUAUCCAGGCAAAUAAACCAAUUGUUGUCAUAACAUGGAUAGGAACAGAACCAGCGAAACCAGCUAUUCUAUUAAAUAGUCACAUGGAUGUUGUACCUGUAUUUGAAGAUAAAUGGACCUAUGCACCUUUUAGUGCUCAUAUGGAUGAGAAAGGAAACAUUUAUGCUCGUGGUAGCCAGGACAUGAAAUGUGUUGGAAUUCAAUAUUUGGAAGCAAUUCGCCGUUUAAAACUUGCUAAACAACAUUUUAAGAGAACUAUCCAUAUCUCCUUUGUACCUGAUGAAGAAAUAGGAGGAGAGCUUGGCAUGAAAGAUUUUGUACGUACCAAGGACUUCAAAGAGUUGAAUAUUGGUUUCUCUCUGGAUGAAGGUGUGGCUUCGCCCGAAGAAUAUUUUUAUAUGUUUUACGGUGAAAGAGCAAUUUGGCAUGUCGAAGUAGAAUGUAAGGGUACUCCUGGUCAUGGAUCCAUUUUACAUGAUAAUACAGCUGGUGAAAAAAUAAGAGUUAUAAUUGAUCGUUUUAUGGACUACAGAGCUCAGGAGAAAGAAAAGUUGAAAGAUCCAAAAGUACAAAUUGGCGAUGUUACAACCAUAAACUUAACGCAACUGAAGUCUGCGCGUUUAGGAAAAUAUUACACAGGUGGCGUGCAAACAAACGUAGUACCUACUUCGUUAACGGCAAUUUUUGAUAUUCGAAUUGAGCCUUCCGUCGAUCACAUCGAGUUCGAAGCUAUGAUCAAAAGAUGGUGUGAGGAAGCUGGUGCCGAUGUUACGUAUUCGUUCGAACAAAAAGAUCCCAAGAUCGAGAACACAAAGUUAGAUGAUUCUAAUCCCUUCUGGAUCGCUUUUAAAAAAGCUUGCGACGAUCUUAAGAUAAAGUUGCAAAUAGGAAUCUUUCCAGGCGGAACAGACAGUCGCUAUAUAAGACAGGUUGGAAUACCUUCCAUUGGUUUUUCACCCAUGAAUAAAACGAAAAUACUUCUUCACGAUCACGAUGAAUAUCUGAACAAAGAUAUAUUCUUAAAGGGCAUUGAUAUAUAUAUGAAAAUAAUACCAGCAGUAGCAAAUAUCUAACCAGAUGAUAUUAAGUCUCUAACAUCACACGCUUUUUAAAAUUGUGUACCUUUAUUUCAAAUACCAAAGUCAAAAAUUAAGAUUAAUAAUAGGAGUUAAGAAGAAGUGCAGAAGUUUACUAACGUUCCUGAGUGAACGAAACAUAGUGCAAUAAUUCAUAAAGAUUUAGAAAGUUAUAUAUGUUUCAAAUAUUUAUAAUUGUUACAAAAAUAUGUUUUUAUUAUUAUCAAGUUGUUAUUAAUUGAAAGAUUUAUAGAAAGCCAUAACUGUCUAGUGGAAGUAAAUGUAUUAACACGCAGUUGGUCUCGAUGAUUAAGGAAUAACUUGGAACAAGACUGAGAGAAUGUAGAAAAAUGAACAAAUGGUUUAGAAACGAAGUGCGUGGUUGAAGAGUAACGAAAAGAAGGUCUCAUCGAGAGGAACAAAACACAACAGUCAAAUCAUUCUGAAUCAGGUAUUGGGAAAUGCAUUUAUCAAUCUCUCUAGUGAACUAACUGAAAUCAGAAUAUGUUAUUCAGUAUACGAAAACAAUCGAUACUAUUUUUUUAAGUACAAGUUAUGUUGUAAAAGAUCAAGUACCAUACUAAAAAACAAUGAAUAUGUUUUAUUUUUGACUGUAUAAUUGUACGUAGCAGCAUUUGAGACCACAGGAUUUAAUGUUCCUUAUUAUCUGCAAAGCGUAGAAUUGCUGAAAAAAGUUUUAUAUACAUAUAUUAUGUAUACAUAAUGCACAUAUAUACGUAAAUGUUUAAAUAAUUAAAUAUAUUUUAUAUAAACCAUGACAAAAACUAUGUCUAUGGUAAUUAUAUAUUUUUAUGCACAAUACAACAAAUAUAUUUGUUCUUUUUCUUCUGCGCUUUAUAUCACAUUGACUGCGGGAUCAUUAACGACUCUCAAAUAUAUGUAUUUAUUUAAAAAAAAUAGAUAUAACAAAGCUAUUGAUCUCGAUGGGCUAAAGAAUUAAUAUUUUGCCCAAAAUUCUGCAACAAAUUAAUCAUAUUGAUACACGUUAGUGUUAUAUAUUUAUGUUAUAUAUUUAUGUUAUAUAUUUAUUUAGUGUUAUAUAUAUUAUAUAUUUAAUUCGA